AUGCCCGAAGGCCAGCAGCUUCUGCGUUGUCAGCCAGGGCUUUGUGUGAAGACGAACAUUAACUUCAAGAGCGGACAGAAGCAAAAGUGCUUCAUCAACAUCGUUCAUACGGAUCGGCUCGAGGAUCUCACCUUAAUCCCUGCGGAACAGGGCAGCGGCCAUCAAGUCCACCUGCCCUACAGCUUGUCGCCUCCACGGCCGGAUCGUGACUUGAAGGAUGAGUACUGCAUGACCUGCGACUUUGCCGUGAGCACCGGCACCUUCCAGCGGGCCGCGCAGAGCUCGCAGAUCCUGAAGCUUCUGAUAGACACCGCAGCGGACGGGCUCUCGCAGCAGUUCCUCAAAGGUCACGAGGAGGUCAGCAAGGACUACAAGGUCAUGCAGAGACUUCAGUGUAAAGGCGGUCAACCUUUGCCUAUGUCUGUGCGGGCGGAGCUCCUCCGGGACAAAGGCACCAAGUCACAGGCGCCCCAGAAGAUUCCGGACCGAGACGCCAUCACGCCUUCUGAGCUCAAGGAGAUGCGUCAAGCGGCGAAGAAUCGAAAAAAGAUGUCCGGCGUCCCUGAUGCUGCGGAAGACGAGGUCGAUGAGUCUUCUGCGCGCGAGCGAAAGGCCAAGGAGCCCACGCCCGGUCGGAUUCGGGUGCCGCACCAUCGGCUGAUUCACUCCGGGCAUUUGGACCUCUCAGACUUCAUGGAAGUCAGCGGGAGGCCCAAUCCGAACACUGUCGCUUCCAUACCUCGGCACUUGCGACUCGUCGUGGAGCUGCCGACCGUGAAGAAGAGCAGCGACAUCAAGAUGGAAGUGACCAGCAACAACGUGGUGCUGGAGGUAGAUGGCAAGUUCUAUUUGGACAUGCCGCUUCCAUACGAGGUGCAGGAGGCCAACGGCAGCGCGAAGUUUGACAAGGCGAAGCAGACCUUGACCUUAGAGUUGCCUGUCGUCCCGAAGAUGCCGGACCCAGAGGCGUUGGCAGCGGCACAGCGUCUUCAAGGCUUGGGAUCGCCUGCCGGCGAUGACGGCGAGGUUAGUGACCACGAGGAAGAGGAGCCCGAGCUUCCCCCGCUUGAGGAGCCCGAGCCGCAGGACAAGCCGGCAAAAGAGGAGACCUCACCCGUGGCUGAGGUGGAGGAGACGCCAGCAGUCCCUGAAAAAGUUGAGCCCAAGCGCCCCCUGCUGGAGCUGGAUGGCCCAGGCGGUGCCUUGAGAUUGGCGACCGCAGCUGAGGCCGAGGAGAAAGUUGGGGACAUGAGCCACAGCGUCGAAGAGCUUGAGGACCCAAACGAGGAGGACGCUGAAGAGCUGCCACCCUUUAUGGCCGCCGAGGCGUUCGGCGGGGCAAAAGCAGGCUACUUCUUCGGGACGGGCGACGCGGGACUCGGUUACUACCGGGAUCUGCGCCAGAGGGCCCGAAGGCGGCAGGAGCCCACUCCUGCACCGACUCUGCGCAGCGAAGGACCCCUAGUAGAGGAGGUUCCAGAGCCCGCAGCGCGGGAGCUGCCGAGCUAUGCGCAGAGACAUGUGCAGGAGACAAACCUGCUGUCCACUCGCUUGCCGGUCUCCGACGCUGAAGUGGUCAACGAGGAGCCACCAGUGAUUGCCCGCUUGGGCCGGCAGAAUUUGCUGCUGCGACUCCAGCUCCCAGACGAGGAGCCUGAAGCAGCCGACCUCCGGCUGAGCCUCGUCGGGCGACGGCUAACGUUGUCCUUUUGCUCGAGGAGGCCUCCCCUGGAUGAGGAGGGCCAAGGCGGCUCCACCAGCUCGGGCUGGCGGCGACGCCGCCUGCGGCGCAACCUCGGCGGCGCGGUAGACCUGGCGCAGAGCUGUGCGGAAAUCGUGGUUACAGGUCGCCCGCCAAAGCGCGAGCUCCAGGUCGUUCUCCGAAGAGCCUCGAAAAACGAGGCUUGGGAUUCCGCCUUCGCCGCAGCUUCAGCGCCGGCCGAAGCCGCGCGCAGCGAGGAGGCUGAGGCCCAGGCCUUAGGGCUGGCCGCGGCGCCGGCAGGACCCCCUGAAGCACUCAGGCCGGCGGAGCCAUCUCCGGCAGAGGCGGAGGCAGAAGCAGCCGAGGCCCCGCCAGACUCGGCGGAGCUGGACGUUGCAGAGCCAACAGUGCAAGACUCCACGCAGGCGCCUGCACCUCGAGUCCAAGCCACGGCUGGGGCUGUGCAGAGUGCCAUGGUGAUGGGUCAGUCUGUUCUGCUGCAGAAUCGUCUCAUGUACCAGCUACUCUGA